GUGGGCGACUUGCGGGUCAGGUUCCUAUGCACACCAGAAUGCGAUGCUACGGUUGUUGCCGUGCAGUGUCAGAAGGAUCACUUCGAGACCUUCGUCCCUUAUCGGGUCGUUGCCCAGGCACCCUGCGAUGAUGAGCGACAGGAACGGCUCAAGUUGGUUGAGGAGGGCGACAAGACUUGGAGGGAGGUGCGCCGAGAUGGAACGUGCUGCACAGGUGGAGUGGCAACUUGCUGCUGCUGCCCCUGCAAUACGCUUGCGUGCCUGACAUCACAGGAGGUCGUCACUGAGGAGAUCUUCUACGUGUCAGAUUCCAUGGAUCCGCCAGACAAGCCGUUCCGCAGGGCGGUAUCGCGCAACCCUGUACUGCUGUGGAAUUGGCGAUUGUUGGGCUGGCUUCUCACGUACUUUUCCUUGCAUUUCGCUUUCCCAGUCCUGGACAAUGUCUUCCGUGGCUUGGGGCUUGAAAGGCUCCCAGCCGCGUUGAACAUGCUUAUGCUCACACUGAUUAUGUGGGCCUUGGUCGUCGCAGCUGCCUACGCUUGCUAUCGCCCAAGCAUGGGGAUCAA